AUGCGCUUUCAAUAUCCAUUUUUCAUCGGUAUGAGUGAUCUUGGUGGAAACUGGACAUGGACUGAUAACACUCCAGUCACCUACACAAACUGGGCCAAAGGUCAACCAAGUGGCAUCAACCAGUGCGUCAUUUCGGCUUUGGAUAAUGGUAUUUGGUCGGCGAAUUCAUGUUUUGAAAGGAUACCAUACGUGUGCGCCAUUUCGGCUAAUUCAACUCCACCAACUCCUUGUCCACCUCCACCUGUCUGCCCACCACAAUCAGCCUGUACACAAUGUCCAUCUCAACCGCCUUCGUGCCCUGCACCAUCAGUUGUCGACCGUUGCCUCUCGGAAUGGACUUGUUUUACUGACACGAAUUCCUGUUAUAAGACGUUUCUUGCGGCAAGUUUCGACGAUACUGAGCUCACCUGCGUGGCAACUGGCUCACAUCUUGCCUCGAUUCACAGCUCCUCAGAAAAUCGCUUUGUUGCAGGUGAGUGGAAUGUUUUUCCUUAG